AGCACCACAUUCUUGCCCAAUUGUCCUUCUGAUGCGCCUUCUCCUCAACAGCAGACGAAAGACUGCUGCCAGUCUGCCUGCACCUUCGGUACUCGCAUUGUCUUUCUCGUCGGCAACAGGUAGCAACGAGUGCGUCGCAACUCACGGCUCGGAACUGCUAUCGUGACGGCAAGGCCUCAAUCCCACGACGUCGCGCCUUUGCGAGACUACUCAAUAAAGAAAAAUUACAAACGAUGCCGUCAACACCGAUACUUCGCUUGCCAGUCGAGCUCCACCUGGAAAUUGCAAACCUUCUGGACCUGGGCGAUAAUGUCAGACUCGCGUCUACCGAUCGCUAUUUCAGAUCAAUCAUCCCAGCACCAACGCACAGCGAGUUUCUGGCUGCCGAAGAGUGCGCAUGGGCAAGGUCAAAACAGUUGUAUGCCUGCAAGUGUUGCGUCAACUUUCACACCUGGGAAAAGUUCGCCGACAAUAUGAGGAAGGGAAAAUGGUGUCGCAGUGGCACGCACGCCAAUGAGAGAUUCUGUCUCAAAUGCGGGGUAAACAGCGCGUUGUACGCCCGCGGCACCCUUCUCACAAUCUGCAACCGACCACAUGUGCUCUGCAGUAAAUGCGGAAGUCUUACUGACCAACUGGGCCAUCAUGGCAUGUGCGCUGCCUGUUCUCCAGACACAAAGCGAAACCGUGGUAGCCAGCACUUCGACCACGAGGAUCACUGGACUUACGCGACUAAUCGUAUGUCUGACCGGAACCACGUACGAGAGUUCUACAACUGGCCGGAAGACGGGCGAUUGCCUAGAUUUUGAUUAACCAUGUACGUUACAAUCGUUGACGGCCAA